UUGGAAACCAAGAAAGUAAAACAUAAUAAGAAAGUUUUCACAUUCAAAGAAGAUGGGAACGAGGCAAUGGCCUCGUUUGAUCCUUGCAUUCGCAAUUUGCCUUAUGGCUAUCACUGUUGCUGCUGAUGAUUAUAAGCCUUACUAUGGCCAACCAUGGAACAACUAUCCAAAACAAACACCUCCUUAUUAUUACAACGCACCUCCAUAUUACUACAAAUCGCCACCUCCACCUUCUCCAUCACCACCACCUCCUCCAUAUGUGCAUAAAUACCCACCAUACUAUUACAAAUCACCUCCACCUCCAUCUCCUUCUCCACCUCCUCCAUAUGUCUAUAAGUCACCACCACCACCUUCUCCAUCACCACCUCCUCCAUACUACUAUAAGUCUCCACCCCCACCAUCACCUUCCCCUCCUCCUCCGUAUUACUACAAGUCUCCACCACCACCAUCUCCCUCACCUCCUCCUCCGUACUACUACAAGUCCCCACCACCACCAUCUCCCUCACCUCCUCCACCAUAUGUCUAUAAGUCACCACCACCUCCAUCUCCAUCCCCACCUCCUCCAUACUACUACAAGUCCCCACCACCACCAUCUCCCUCACCUCCUCCACCGUAUGUCUACAAGUCACCACCACCUCCAUCUCCAUCACCUCCUCCUCCAUACUACUACAAGUCCCCUCCUCCACCAUCUCCCUCACCUCCUCCCCCAUAUGUCUACAAGUCACCACCACCUCCAUCCCCGUCACCACCUCCUCCAUACUAUUACAAGUCCCCGCCACCACCAUCACCUUCACCACCUCCUCCAUAUUACUAUAAGUCUCCACCCCCACCAUCUCCCUCACCUCCUCCACCAUACUACUAUAAAUCACCACCACCUCCAUCCCCGUCACCUCCUCCUCCAUAUUACUACAAAUCUCCACCCCCACCCUCUCCUUCACCUCCUCCACCAUACUACUACAAGUCCCCUCCCCCACCCUCUCCUUCACCUCCUCCACCAUACUACUACAAGUCCCCACCUCCACCAUCACCUUCACCACCUCCUCCAUAUUACUACAAAUCCCCACCACCACCAUCUCCCUCACCUCCUCCACCAUAUGUAUAUAAGUCCCCACCACCUCCAUCUCCAUCACCUCCUCCUCCAUACUACUACAAGUCCCCGCCCCCACCAUCACCUUCACCACCUCCUCCGUAUUACUACAAGUCUCCACCCCCACCUUCUCCCUCACCUCCUCCUCCAUACUACUACAAGUCCCCGCCCCCACCAUCGCCUUCACCUCCUCCACCAUAUUACUACAAGUCUCCACCACCACCUUCCCCUUCACCACCUCCUCCAUACGUAUAUAAGUCUCCCCCUCCACCUUCUCCGUCACCUCCUCCACCAUAUUACUACAAAUCACCUCCUCCACCGUCUCCUUCUCCGCCUCCACCAUAUUAUUACAAGUCUCCACCUCCCCCUUCUCCUUCUCCUCCUCCACCAUACUACCCCUACCUCUAUAACUCACCCCCGCCUCCCGCGUAUUAAGCUUCUGGCUAAAUCAUAAUUUGAUUUUUUUUUUCCAAUAAAUCACGUUGAACAUUGUUGCAGUUGUUUUGUAAUUACUCAUUCAUUAAUAAUAGGGUCUACACUGAAGUGGGAGUUGUAUUCUGACUGCAGUGUAGCCCAUGCGUUUGUAUUGGUUUUAAUCGAGAAGUGUGUAAUAUUAUUCUCUUCUUAUAAAUAUACAUUAUUACCACAGA